ACAGAGAGAAAUGCUUAAUUUUCUUUUCACUUUGAAGUUUUCUCGCAGGUAACACUGUGUUAUUAGACUCCUUACUUCAGUGCGGACAUUUGUUAUCGAUCUCAGGCUCGUUGGCGACCGUUAAACAAAUUUUCUCAUUAAUUUAUCGUUUGUUGGUUCAUCUGUCAGCAGCACUUCCUGAUAGACACCAUGGCUGAUUCUGUGACUGUAGAAGAUCAGAAAUUCUGCUUAAAGGAGGUGCUCAACACUUUUAAACUGUGUCUGUCAGAAAAUAAAGAAGUCUACCUUGAACACUACGUUGCUGGCUGGCGUGGACUAAUAAAGUUUCUGAACUGCUUGGGAAGCGUCUUUGGCUUCAUUUCCAAGGACGCUGUCAACAAGAUCCAGAUCCUGGUCAACCACAUGAACGACGAGAACGGGUCCCAGUACAUCACCGUCCAGUCCAUGGUCAAAUACGAGCUGGAGAACGAACUGGUCGACCUCACCAAGCGAGGCAGCCACCCUGAGUCCGGCUGCCGCACUCUGCUGAGGCUCCACCGUGCGCUGAGGUGGCUGGAGCUCUUCUUGGAGCGCCUCCGUACCAGCAACGAGGACUCCAAGACCUCCGUCAUGUGUGCGGAGGCCUACAACGAGUCCCUCUCCCAGCACCAUCCUUGGGUGGUCCGUAAAGCCGCGGGCAUGGCCUUCUGCAUGCUUCCAGGCCGCCUCUCGUUCUUUGAAGUGAUGAAUGUAGGCCAGCCGGAGCAGGUCGUUGCCAUGCUGGGGGAAGCUCUGCCUCUUAUCUCUGAGGUGUAUCAGAUCACAGAGGACCUUUACGCUCAACAUAACAUGCUGGAUUUACCUUAGAGGGAAAAGAAGUGCUAUGAUUCACCACUUCAUACAUGACAGGAUUAAGUUCCUGAUGACCGGCUGUCAAACUAGCUGCUGCUACAGUUUGGUGAUUUGAGGGAUGUGUAUUAUCUGUACAAAUGUUGUGCACAAACAUAACUUCACUCAUUAAUGUGUACUGACUGCAUUCCCUCCUUUUUAAUAUAAAACUACUGUUAAUUAUACAGCUGCAUGUUGAUCUUUACUCUCUAAUGCACUUCUCAAUUAUCUUUUUAAUCAUCAUCUUGUACUUUUAGAUUUUUUAAAAUUUAAAUAGAUAAAAGGAAACUACAGUGGGGUCCAGAAGUCUUUGGUCAUUUAGGAGAUACAUUAAUUAG